GGGUCUGCUGCCGUCGACCCAGAGUGUCAGUACUUGUUGAAAGCGCGCAGUGUGCGGACACGCUCACCGCUCGCUCCGCCACCUCUUGACAGCCGCUAUUGGAAUCCUUGAACCUUCCAAGCCUCUGACUUCUUGGCGUUUAGGAACUUUAGUGCAAGAGAGUGGAACUUGUGUGCUUCUGUUGGUGUAACCAAUUCUUCCAACAGCUACGACUAUUGUGUGAUCGUGUACCUCCCUUAUUGCCCUGACAUAUCCUAAAAGGAAGAAAGAGAAAAAGAGAGAAAAAAGGGAUUUCGAUGAGUGUUUACCAGACCCCACUUCUGGAAUGACAUCGCAGAGGAUGAGGUUGGUGACGAUGAGAGGGAGUGUUGUAGUUCUGCUGGUGCUGACAGUGGUGGCAGGGACCAGGCAGGUCCUAGGACACCCUGAGGACCUAAGGCUGGUGGACAACGGGUAUGAGGGGCUCAUGGUGGCCAUCAGUGAUUACGUCCCUCAGGAGCACUGCAACCACGUCAUCCACGGACUCAAGAGUGUCUUGACGGAGUUCUCUGGUGUGCUGUGGGCGGCCACGAACGGUCGGGCGUCUCUCAGAACGGUGACGGUGGCACUGCCUCGCACUUGGAGAACAGACGCCCUAACCUGUUCCCUCCUCACGCCUCUUACUGCCGCCACCACGCCCACAGACGCCCACAUCCGUAUCACGUCGGCGCACCCGGUGUUUGGAUCACGCCCCUGGGCUCAGCAAAGCCAAGGAUGCGGACGGCAGGGAGAUUACAUCCAGAUGGGCGGUGACCUCCUAAGGGCCACCACUAAUGACAGCUACGUGCACGCUGCCCGCCUCCUGCUGGUUGAAUGGGUCAAGUUUCGGUGGGGAGUGUUUGAGGAGCGUGGUUACCCGGACGACCCACUCUACCCACCCACCUUCCGCGACCCCAAGACCAAUGCACCACGACCCAACACCUGUAACACCCACAAAAUCAGUCCUGCACCCUUCUGCAGCACUGCCGCCCACACUCCUGAAGCACCCACCAAGCACAACGCUCAGUGUAAUGGCCGCCCCGCCUGGGAUAUCAUACUUCAGUCACAAGAUUUUAUCGAAGGAAGGAAUGGCCCGACGAAUUCCACCGCUCCACUGUUGCCGUCGCUGCGUUUCGUGCAAGAGAGUGCUGCACGUAUCGUGCUGGUGGUGGAAGAUACAGCUGUUAUGAACCUGCAGAGGCGUUGGGAGUUCGUCCGUAAAGCUGUACGACGUGUUGUGGUGUACGACGUGCCGGACGGAGACCACGUUGCCCUCGUCGUCUUUAACUCUGUCGCCCACACCGCCGCCCCACUCUCUAAGAUGGACUCACUCUCUGAUGUUCGACAGCGUGUUGGUUCCUCUUUGCCACGUAAUCCAUCUCCAGUGCCGGAGAGCAACAAAUGUGUCCUGUGUGGAAUACAGGAGGCCCUCAAAGCCCUGGACGCCGACCCUGCUGGAGCUGCCGGUGCCACGAUCAUCCUGGUGACCACCGGGAAGAGUGCAGUUCGCGAGAGAGAGCUUGAUGAGAUGACUCGCCUGGCCACCAGCCGCAGCGUCAGGGUGGACACAGUGCUCUAUCCCUUGACUGAGCGCCGUGGGGGAGGCACCGCCACUGACGGCAUUCAGUCCUUGGUGGCAGCCACACGAGGCUCCUCAUUCUCUGUCAUGGACGAGGGUGUUGGCAACGACUCAAAAGUGAGCAUGAUGGUGGCCCUCAUGGACGCACUCCUGGCCGCUGUGCGUCGCAGUGAGCCUCCUGCAGCUCCAGGUGCUCCUGUUAUUAUCCACAGCACAGCCUACCCUGGCGGCAUUGCAUCCAUGUCUGUAGGAGAUUUCUCCUUGGAUGACUCUCUUGGCUCUAAUGCCCGUUUCUCCAUCUACUAUUACGACUUGAACCACGUGGGUAACACUGUACAGCUGACAGCACCUUCAGGGAAAACUUUUGCUUCUGUUAACAUGCAAGAAGAAGACGGUGAUGCCAAUGUCAUUUUUGUUAACAUCCCUAAUGCAGAGAGAGGUCAGUGGCAGUACCGUGUAGAGAACCGCGCUGACUCCCACCAGGGCCUCCACAUCCAGGUGACAGCCAAGGAGAGCAGUGCACGCAAGAUCAGUCUCAGACUCUGGAUCAAUGCCCCUAACAGUGCCAUUAACGCCACUGACCCUUCGGCGCCUGUCAUUAUCUAUGCUGAAGUGAAAGACGGUGAGGUGCCUGUCAUCAAUGCCAAGGUGACAGCCAAGCUGCAGCGUCUCGGCACCAACACCACCGGCAGCAACUACGACUCCAUCCUGGUCGACCUCUUUGACAAUGGUUUUGGAGAUCCAGACAUCACUGGGGGUGACGGUGUGUACUCGCGGUACCUGCCCAAGCUUCAGGGCGGGCCAGGCCACUACCAGCUCAGUGUUGCAGUCGACCAAAACAGUGGCCUCGCCCUAGCACCCAUCAGCGACGCCUUCACCCGUCAUGGUCGCAUGUAUGCCGACAAAGAGCAACAGGUUUGCUGCGGGAGCAUCAUCAAAUAUGAGCACGUCAAACCUGUGCCACCCUUCCAGCGCUCCAUGAUCUAUGGUGUGCUAGACGUGGUGUCACCACCGCCCGACAAUGACAUUGUGCCGCCCACCCGGAUUCUUGACCUCCGCUCCUUCGUCAACCUCACUACCCGUGAGGUGUCUCUGCGCUGGACGGCGCCUGGAGACGACUAUGACUGGGAUCGCGCCCACCAUUACGAGGCUGUGUUGGCCAGAUCUUGGGCACAGGCCAAGGCCUUUGAUGGUGAUCGUAUCAGUGGCAUGCCAGUGCCGGUACUGGUAGGCACGGAACAGGCGGUGGCUAUCCAGGUUGACCGGUACGACCAAAUGGUUUAUGUGGCCAUCCGUGCCGUGGACGAGAAGGCCAACCGUGGAGGUGUGAGUAACAUAGCCUCACUGUGGGUGCCUGAGCCGCCCACCACGCCGCCCCUCAUGACUAGCCCCCGCACUAUAGAGCCCACUAGUGACAUGAACGAGCCACAGGGCCGUGGGGUGACCCAACCCGUGCGAGUCGCUGGCAUCAACCUGGAGGACAUGGCUGUCAUCAUCGGGUCAGUGGGAGGAUUCCUGAUCAUAGUGGCAGUUCUCGCCACCUUUUGUUAUUGUCACGUGGCCCGUCGACGUCGCCACCAACACAAGAACGAGAGUGAAAAACUGGAGGCAAACCGCAGCGUGAUGAUCAAAACCAACUCCACCCUCAUGGUAGACCAGGACGAGAGCCACGACUCAGUAGACAGUGUUGUCAAGGAUGGAGAGGUAGCAGUUGCUAAAGAUGGCAGACCUCUGUCUCCCAUACAGUCGUGGGGUGUGUCCAAACUGUUGCAGGAACACGAGCGUCGAGUAUCUAUGACGAGCGGGCCCCUGGUUGAGGCCUCCGGCUCCCUGGCUCACUACCAAAACCUGCAGGACCCUUUUCCCGACGUAACCCUCACCGGCACUCACUCCUACCCUAGCUCACAGACGCCCUCCACAACACACUCCGACCCCCCGGCCUAUCAACCUCCUUAUACCACUGACGCUUACGCCCCCUACCCUUACCCUUACCACCCCGGCUACAGCCAUGAGGAGCUUCCACCCUACACCCCGGGCCUCUCCUCACAGUCGUCUCAGGCCUCCACGGCAUACACCCAUGAGAUUGCCUCACAGCCCUCAGAAAUGUCCUACCCUGUUGACCCUGCCAACUAUCCAGCAGAGAUGCCGUCCUUCGUUGGCGAGAUCGCUUACAGCCAAGCCCAGCUACCCAUGUAUGCCCCCUGCCCUGAGGAGGCCAUCAUCAUCACCAGCCAGGCUCCCGUGCGGUCUAAGGUUCCCCCGCCAGUAGCGCCCAAGCCGCCCCUAGCUGCCCGCGCCGCUGCCGUCACAGCCGCUGCUGCGACAACAGCGUCCGUGGAACCGAAGCGUCGUAACGUGACUCAAGUGUGAGGUGUCCCCAGCCCCCCAAGCAUCCGCCAUAAGAACGCUUUAAGUGUCAAUAUCAUUGUUGUCAUCUGCUUUUUCACCUCCCGCCUCCCCCUUCCUCUCUUCCCUCCCGAAUCUCUUUUGUAUGGAGUUUUUUCAACGUAUGAUAAGAAUUUGUUGUGUAUGUAAAAUAAGUGUCCAUGUGUAUGGAAAAAACAAUUGUAUGUUGUACAGAAUGUUGUUGAUUGUAAGCUUUGCUCACAUCUAGUCAUAACUGUAUAGAGUUUUAGGUUGCCUCGGCAGUCCCCUCCGGCAGUAGGCGCUCAAGAGGGGGCUUCCGAUGACCUCAUGAACAGCGAACAUGUGGCGUCCUCUCGCCCCGCACCACUGUAACUGAUCUCAAUAUAUCUUGUAUGUCUGUGAUAAAAUUCGUAAAAUAAAGACAAUCAUUAAU